UUCUUCAACACGCCAUAUUUGAUUCAGUGUGUGUUGAUAUGUGUUGGAGCAGUUGUUAGCCCACAUAUUUUAUUUCACCUUUCCCACCUUUAAAGAAAUGGUUAUACAUUUCUAGCAGUUUAUCGCUUGUUUCGUGUGUCUUGCGGAUAUUUUCUGGAAUGUACCGGCGCGGGGGAAGCAAGACGGACCAUAAUAAAGCGACUAAGGAGCAGAGCGAUAGCAGCAAGUAUGCGGAGCUGCUGGUGUUCGGCUACGCCUGUAAGCUGUUCCGGGACGAUGAGAGGGCCAUCUACCACGAUCAGGGCAAACACCUUAUCCCAUGGAUGGGGGACAAGAACAUCAUGAUCGAUAGGUACGAUGGCCGCGGUCAUUUACAUGAUCUUUCGGAAUAUGACGCAGGCUCGUGGAAUCACGAUUACCAGCUGUCCGAGGAGGAGGCCAGGAUAGAGGCUCUGUGUGAUGAGGAGAGGUACCUGGCCAUGCACACGGAUCUGCUGGAAGAGGAGGCCAGGCAAGAGGAGGAGUAUAAAAGGCUGAGCGAAGCCUUGGCCGAUGAAGGCACCUACAACGCAGUGGCCUUCCGUUACAGCGCUGACUACUAUGAUCCCUCCCAGCCUACUGAGGAAGAUGAGGCCAGCAAAGAAGCAGAUCAAGAGCAGCAGGAGGAAGAGAGUGAGGAGCCGUUUGUGGCGCCCCCUGGCCUCCUCAUCCCUUCGGAUGUAGAGCUGCCUGCAACCACCAAGACGCACGCUAUUAUUGAGCGCACCGCCAUCUUUGUAUGCAAGCAGGGGGCCCAAUUUGAAAUUGUGCUGAAGGCAAAGCAGGCUGGGAACUCCCAGUUUGAUUUCCUGCGGUUCGACCAUUACCUGAACCCUUACUACAAACAUAUUUUACGAGCUAUGAAGGAGGGGAGAUACACACCGGCAUCAGAGGGCAAGCAGGACCAGAAACAGGAAUCAAAGUCAGACGAUUCUAACGACGAUGAUGAUGAUGAUGAUGGGGAUGGAAACUACCUGCACCCAAGUUUGUUUGCAUCCAAGAGGAGCUCUCGUCUGGAGGAAAUAAUGAAGCCUCUGCAGGUCAUUGAUCCAGAUCACCCGUUGGCUGCGCUCGUUCGAAAAGUCCAACAGGAGAAUAAUGGUGCUGCAGCGAUGGCGACCAAAGCAGAGGAAGAGCAUCAGUUGUCGGCAGUAGCCUCGCAGGCAGAAUAUACAUCUGACCCAAUGUACUAUGGCUACUGUAUACUGCCUGACGGAACGUACUGCCUUGCCCCGCCGCCUCCUGGGAUUGAUGCCAGCCCUUAUUACACCUCGCUGCCCACUAGCAUGAUGCCGGCGGCUCCUGCAUCUGGUCCUCCUCCUCCCCCUGGCACUACACCUUUGUUGGAUCCUGUGUCUGCAAUCCCAUCAGCCCCUGCUGCAGGUCCAGUCACGGUGUCAGCUCCUGCGUCUGCUCCGCUCUCACAUUCUGCUCCUGUUGCCCCUCCAACUUCCAGCUCUCGACCUCCUCAAACCAGCGUUGCACCGACGGUGCCGGCGGCUGCUGCCCCUGUCGCAGCCAUCAUCCCUCCGCCUCCCGACAUCCAGCCUGUCAUUGACAAACUAGCAGAGUAUGUGGCCAGAAACGGGGUGAAAUUCGAGAGCAGUGUGCGUGCCAAGAAUGACCCGCGGUUUGACUUCCUGCAGUCCUGGCACCAGUACAACUCCUAUUACGAGUUCAAAAAGCACUACUUCAUGCAGAAAGAAGGCCUGAGUGUGCAGGAGGGUUCGCUGCUUUACAACAGUGGGGGGGACAGCACAGCAAACUGCUCUUCUGACAAGCAGCAGAACGAGGGCAAGCUCCUUAAAGCAUCCUUUGCGCCCAUCUGCUUCGCAAUAAAGUCGAAAGAAAAUGACCUUCUGCCUCUGGAGAAGAAUCGUGUGCGACUGGACGACGACUCAGAUGAGGACGGGAUGAAGGGGGAGGUGCAAGAGGGAGCGGGGUUGGCGAUAGGAUUGGUCGAAGCAGCCAGAGAGCCUCCUCAACCUCUAUUGGCUGAGGAGAAGAAACCAGUACUGUCCCAGGAAGAGCUAGAGGCCAAACAAGCCAAACAGAAGCUGGAGGACCGGUUAGCAGCUGCAGCGAGAGAGAAGCUCGCCCAGGCCUCCAAAGAGUCCAAAGAGAGGCAGCUUCAGGCUGAGCGCAAGAGGAAAGCCGCCCUCUUCCUGCAGACUCUGCGAGGACCAGAGGCUGAGGUCAAGCGUACUGAGGAAACCACUGCUGCGCCUGAGCCAUUGGUGUCCACCCUUCACAUGAGUGGCAUCCCUAAACACACAUCUCGUAUACCAGGAUUUGACUACCAGCCCUUGGAAAGUGCACUAACAAGGAGUGCAAAUGCCCCUUCAUCUCAUGUGACCACUUCUUCCUCCUCGUCUUCCUCCCGUGUGCCUGAAAGGGAGCGGGAUAGGGAUAGGGAUCGGGAUCGAGACAAGAGGAAGAAGAAACACAAGAGGAGGUCUCGGUCCAGGUCCCGCUCCAAAUCCAAAACCAAGCACUCUUUGCCCAGUGCCUAUCGAACCUUCAGGAGAUCCAGGUCUCAGUCUCAUUCCCCCAGCCGCAGAGACAGACAAGCACGCCCUUCAGACAGAAAGCGUGAUGAGAGGGAGAAGGAGAGCUACGGUCCAAGCACCUACCGCCUUGGCAGCAACCCAGUGCUGGGCAGGAAGCGCUCCAGAUCAAGAUCACCUCAUGAAAAGAAGAAGAAGAAGGGUUCAAAGUCAUCGCACCAAUUUAAGGGUUCCUCCUGUUCGCCCUCAGCAUCCCCUGACAGAGGCAUAGCCAUGGCCAGAGUUUCUGCAAGCCCCUCCCCUGCCACAAGCCCCGCCUCAAGCCUGGGGAGGUCCAGGAAUGGCUCUCAGGAGAAAGACAAGCAAGUGUCUUCCACUAUUGUCUCUUCGGUGCAAAGCAAAAUCACUCAGGACCUCAUGGCGAAAGUGCGAGCAAUGCUUGCUGCCUCCAAAGGCCUUCAGCCGAAUGCCUCCUGAGAGAGUUCCACCACAUCCAGACAGGAUCAGUCUCCAGCUACAUCUCGCAAGGUAGCAACAGACUUCUGGCUAACUACUGGACCGCUGUUCGCCUGACAAGCUGCACAAUGCUGGAUGCUUUUAUCCCUUUAUGAAUGCCUGUUUGGAUCUGGCGUUAGAUGUUUGUAUUUCGCCUCCAGAUUAGUAUUAGGCAUGGAGGUCUGCUUUAUUUCGAAGGUGCAGGUGGAACCCAAGCAGGUGAAGAAAGAACGAAACCAGCAGCAGAUGGUGGAGCCUCAGUCCUGCUGUGUGUUUUUGCUGUAAAGCAACAUGUAGAGAGUAUUAAAGGCGUAAUUCCUUGGAUGCAACUGAGAACGUUCUUUCCUUUGUAAUGUUGUGUCUGCCAGAAGGACACCGUUAUAUCCUUCUGUGAAGGAUAAGGCUGUUUAUUUCUCUCCUGGCUCCUUUUUUCCUCUCUGUCUCUGAGCUCUUUUCAACAUGAAGUUGUCAGCUUUCUCGGUUGUUUUUUUUUUCUUUGAAUAUGUGGCCUUCAGUUUUUGAUUUCUAAGUUUGUACAGGCCUAAUUUUGGAGCUAUUUUGGAAAACCAUCAAUAAAGUUUGAAUUAUGGAA